UCGAUCAUGGCCUUCUCCAUCCUUUCCCGUCAAUCGGAAGCGGCUAUUAGAUUGGCUUCUCUCUCAUUUCGAUCGAGUUCUUUACAAAGCGCACUCGCCGGCAAGAGUAAGUUGGGUUCAGAGCUUUCUUUUACUACCUCCGUUUUGAGACAGUUUUCGAACAAAAUGAGUCUACCAAAAGUAUUUUUUGAUAUGACUGCCGAUGGCCAACCUGUUGGAAGGAUCAUUAUGGAGCUUCGUAAUGAUGUAGUCCCGAAGACGGCGGAAAACUUCAGAGCUCUCUGCACAGGAGAGAAAGGUUUUGGAUACAAAGGAUCCACCUUCCACCGUGUCAUCCCAAAUUUCAUGUGCCAAGGAGGUGACUUCACCAACCACAAUGGUACCGGUGGCAAGUCCAUCUAUGGUAACAAAUUCCCUGAUGAGAACUUCACAUUGAAACACACUGGUGCCGGAGUCAUGUCCAUGGCAAACGCAGGACCUGACACCAACGGAUCACAGUUCUUCAUCACCACGGUGAAAACCUCCUGGUUGGAUAACAGACACGUUGUCUUUGGUUCAGUAAUUGAAGGCAUGGAUGUAGUCAAAAAAAUUGAAGCCCUGGGUUCCCAAUCAGGAAAAACGUCGAAGAAAAUUGUUGUCGCAGACUGCGGCCAAUUAUAAGUCAUCUGUUCUAUUUUUUUGGGGAAAAGUUUCAUUCGCGAUGCUCCCUGGUAUUUUUCUAAGGUUGCUUAUUCCAAUGUGGGAAAAUAUAUUAUCUACAACAUUAGUUUGAUAUCUUCAACUUUCAAGUAAAGUUCAAUACUUGACCUCAGUCGGAAUGUAACUUUAUCCCAAAUUUCAAUUCGUUUGAAAUAGAAAGAAUCUUUUUUUAUUGCAUCUGUGUUUAAAUACUUGCUAAGAAUCAUUCCAUCUAGUAACUUGGUGUUAAUAUUCGAAAGUUUCCUCUUAGAGGUUAAUAUUGGGUUAUUUCUUUGGCAAUAAUAUUCCUCCAUUAUUAACUUAGCAUGUAAUCUCUGCAUUUAUAAAUCAACUUUGCAGUUAUACUAAAAGUAAUCCCAGUAAAUUUAUUCUAAUUUAAACAUUGGAUUUUUAUUGUUUUGAUGUUACAUCAAAUAGGAAUAGUAAAGAUAAAAUAUUAAAAA